GCAGUAUAUGUAUCUAUCUACCACUGACACUUGUAUUUAUUGCUCAAGGUCUAUUAUCUGAAAUGCCGAGCGGUUCUCAUGGUGAAGAAGAGCAGAAACAGCUCGUAGUAGCUAAAACGCUUCCUCUAGACCUUAUACUUGUCAUAUUCAUUCACGGAUUCAAAGGAACGGAUACCACGUUUGGUGAUUUUCCUUCCAGGCUGGAACAUGUUUUGACAGAGACGGUUGACCACGUACGCGUGGAGUGUAUUCCGUUUCCUGCAUACGAAACAAAAGGAGAACUGACUGAAGCCGUCGAGCGCUUCGCAGAUUGGCUGACAACCCUGACUGUCCAGAAGGAAGUGGAAAAUGGUACAGGCGGAGGAGCAGGAAAAGCAAAAAUAAUACUGUGUGGACACAGCAUGGGUGGGUUGCUUGCGGCAGACGCGCUCCUGGAGUUCGUCAAUUCUCGACCAGAUAAACAAGCCCCGCUUUGGCCGAAGAUAAUUGCCUGUAUAGCAUUUGACACACCUUAUCUGGGAUUGCAUCCUUUCGUGUUCAAGAACAGCGCUACGAAAGCUGUCGAAUACGCUAGCAGUGCACGGACAGUUGCUUCAGAUAUAUUUUCACUCUUUGGAAAGAAGAGUACCACACCAGUUGCUCCUCAAAAGCUUCCUGCCGCAAGUAUCACAUCUUCGUCGAUGGGUACCAGCAGUGAGGCUGGUUGGAUGAAAUGGGCGCCGGCAGCAUACGCUGUUGGCGGGGCUUUGAUUGCUGGUGCAGCGGCUGGUACAGCUUAUUAUAGGCGCGAUGAUCUUGGCUCUGGUUAUACCUGGGCCACAGAUCAUAUGAAGUACGUGAAAAAUCUGUGGGAUGAAAAAACAUUGCAGAAGCGCCUAGAUUGUCUGGUCGAGGCUGAACAGAAUUUCGGAGUGCUAUUCAGAAAUUUCUAUACGUUAAUCCCUCCCUCGUUUCCUUCUUAUACGCCUGCUCGCACAUUUGUCGUCCUGCCACAACAAUCCUCUCCCUCUACCUCGUAUUUCCUACCGGCGAAGAAUUCUAUCGCGUCUGAUGAAGUCCAAGCUCAUACUGGUAUGUUCGAUGCAAAAUCUAACGACGGGUAUUACGCGUUAGGUUUGGAGACGGCAAAGAUUAUACGAGAGGCUGUGAUGAUAUCAAGAGGUAUCGUAGAAGAUGACAGCACACAGGCUGCACAAGAUUCCGUUGCCGCAGAGGCAAUGGAGCAAACACGCCAGCCUGGAGAUGUGAAUGUAGGCAUCGAGACAGCUGAGCCCAGCGAAGGCUCGUAAAACACAGUUCUCAAUUACUGAAUUUGCUGGUGUGUAUUUAUUGCGAAUGUAAUGAUGUACUAGUACAAUAUGCUGUAUUACUUCAGCGAUAGCUGCAUAGCAUAUGCAUCCUCACCAUCGGCGUCUUUCAAUGACUGUAAGUUUCAACAGAGAUGGUCAUGUGGAGACUGUAGACGCACAAUAUUUUU